CCCAAAGCCAAUCCAUUGUAACAACGCAACGAAGGCCUCUCAUAGUACAUGCAGUUACAUCAGGUUCCAUGGGCCUAGAGGCGUGGUCUUUCGUGGUAAUUCAUGCAUUUGCUCAUGAAAGAUAUAAAUAUAUAGCAAUAUGCAAUACGAACCCUGUUCGUUGUCAUAUUUCCUUUUCACCUGCCUAGCCCUCUUUCCUUUCACAUAAUUCAUAAUUUCAGCAUCAUGUCCGUGGGUCCUCAUAAAUAUCGAUCGAUUCAGCCUUCACCAUCCCUCGGCAACGACAGAAGCUUAACCAUCGGACAAAGAGUGGAUAUUUUAAAAAAUUGGGAUAGACAUGUCAUUAACUACAACAUUGGACUUAAAGGAGGAUCGAUGUUUGAGCCUCCAAAGAGUGUGUUCUGUGACUGUCACAACAUCACGCCGACAAUCCUCAACCACAUCUUGGCCAAAAGAGAAGAGCUCCUGAAUGUCCCUGCUGGUCAAUCUUCCGCGCGAUAUCGCCUUCAAAGCAACACCAGGUCAUUUUAUCCUGUUGAAGAUGCUCUUUCUCAUACCAUUGAGCAUAUCAGACGUGACCUUCUUCUACCCAUCGACAACCUGGGUGUUCGGCUGUUGGGAGGCGCAAUAUAUGCGCUCCUCGAAGCUCGUGUGGGCAAUCUUACCUUUAAGAACCUAAAUUCUCGAACGGUUGGUUAAAAGGUUUCAAGCAGCGUUAUAACCUCCGCAGAUAUAAUCUUAAAGGAGAAGCUGCUUCAGUCAACAUGGAGGAGCUCCGUCCGCAACUAGAAAUGAUUCAAAGCACCCUCAGUCGAUAUAGCCUCGACGACGUCUACAACUGCGAUGAGACUGGGUUAUUUCUUCAGUCCACGUCCAACUG